AUGCCCGCUGCAGCUAGGCCUUCAGAGGAACCAAAUCGACAGCAUGAAUUUGCAUUAGAUGGAGGGAGUAUCUUUAGGAGUCAGAGGCUAGCUAUUGUGAAGUCAGUGAAUCGCAAAAGAAGAGCAGUCAUGCACAGGCGUGGGGCUCCAAAGGUGAGUUUGGGGACUCCUCCGGCUCUUGCCCAGCCGCCAGUCACAUCAUUGGAGGGGAAGUGCGGAAAAGAGAAGGAAAUGACGGAGAAAGGAAGCAAUCUCAAACGGAAAAAGCAAGGUGCACAGGGGCUAAUAAUAAUUAUUAUUCAACAUCUUCAAAAGUUUGAAAUCCAUGGCAGCAAAACCAAAAGUAUACAGUAA